AUGUUUCACAGUCUGCAAGGGACAUGGCUGUCAGUGCCGUCAGAUGUCAAUGGCACCGUCUUGUUUGACAAGCUUUCUGAACACAUUGCCGAGUCGGCUGCUGUCGAUGUGUCGCAGUCACACAUGGCCCAAUUUCUUGUCUCGCUCUUACGCGAUGAAGACCCAAAUCAGCCACCUGUCCUCGAUCGCUCCCAGCGCGUGCAACUCGUUGCGCGUCUGUGUGACACUUUCCAAGAUACAGUUGCUCAAGCAUUGAGUAGCGUAGUCCCACAGCUUCCAUUCAAACCUCUGGGCGAGCAGCUUCUUGAUCUGGGUGAAAAGCCCAUCACAGCUGACAAUCUCGGCCUGCUUAUCAAACACUGCGCAUUUACAGAACCAUCGAAUGCAGAUGUUUCGGCACUGCUGGGUCAGUUGCUUUCUGCCUCAACAUUGCGUCUCGCAACAAACUUUGCCUUGUUGCCACAGGCCCUUGCCGCCUACAAAAGCACGCUCGAUUGGCAAGCGAUUGUGCGUGGACUUGACGAGCUGGAUCCGCUUGUGCUCGUGCCCAGCGACCAACUUGGUGUGGCGCUCUGUGACUGGAUCCACGGCACACCAGAUCCGCGCACGACGUUCAGCGCGCUCUGGGGCGUAUGGACGCACCGGUCGCGGCAGCUGCAGAUCCUGUACUCCCUUCUCCUGUCGAAUGCGACACACUUUUCAAUGAAAGACGUGACAGCGCGGCAGAUCGUGGUCCCGAGCGAUUUCCAAGAUGCGCCAGGGCCCGUUCAGAUGCAGGCGCAAGCCGCCUCAGAGAGCGUGUGGAACAGUCUAGACCUGAUUGAGACACUUAUGGACCUGGCUAGCAGUGCGUCAGGUGCGGAAGAUAGUGCCGAAGUCGGUCGCCCUGUAACAGCGAUCUUGGAGCGCGCCAUUCAGAUGAACGCGGAAUGUGUGUUGCUUGGCCUUGUUUUGUUGCCGUCGACGACUAACGUCGUCCACACGGAGCUGGUGACGAAACUGCUAGCUAUGUUUCUGGCAGGUCACCCCGCUCAUCAGCUCGUGUUCCGGCACCUUUGGCGCACGCAGCCGGUGCUGCUCAUGGACGCAUUCAAGCGCUUGUACGUGGAGAGCCCGUUGCACAUGACACGCAUCGUCGACGUCGCACAGGAGCUUGGCAUGGUCAGUCAUCUCGUUUCCCAGCGGCCAUUGGCGUUUGCACUCGAUGCAGCCGCAUUGGCGGCCCGCCGCGAUGUGCUUCCGCUUGAGUCUUGGCUGGAAGAGUUGAUUUCGUCGACCGCACCCGACGCACAGCCUAUCACAGCCACGCUUGAUUAUCUUGACAGCAAGAUCAGGGAGGAUCUCUUGCGCCGUGAUCCACAGGCGGAGCCGACGUUUGUGCCCCUGCACGUGCAGCAAGUCGCAACGAUCUUGCGUGUGCUGCGUGGCUUCGGCGACGCAAUGACGCCAAAGGAAAUUGAGCAUUUCAAAAUCGCUAGGAACAUGUGUCUGCAGCUGCACCCGCGGCUCAUGACACUGACGCCAGGCCCCAAUGCACCAGAGCCUGGACUGAGCGUCACCACGUUCACUAAGGAUGUGCACCGCGAGGCAGAUUCGUGGUAUCGGCAGAUGUACGAGGAGAAGGUGAGCGUCGAUGACAUUAUUGCCCUGCUGCGACGUUGCAAGCACUCGGACGACGCUCAUGAGCAGCAGUUGUUUGCGUGCAUGGUACAUACACUCUUUGACGAACAUCGCUGGUUCGAGCUGUACUAUCCGCCACGCGAACUACUAAUGACCGCGGUUGUGUUUGGCGCGCUCAUCCAGUACCGCCUGAUCGAGGCGAUCCCACUCGGCAUUGCGAUCCGAUACGUUGUCGAUGCACUCGAGUCGCCACCAGAGUCCACCUUCUUCCACUUUGGUUUGCAGGCGCUUCUCCGCUUCCAGAAACGGCUGCCAGAGUGGCCGCAAUUCUGUCAGGUACUCUUGUCGCUCCCCACACUCACACAGUCACACCCUGAGAUGAUUGCGACUGUAAACCAGGCACUCAUUGCCGCAAAAAGUGGCAAGAUCCCACCAGCUGAAGAUGCCGUAUUUCCGGCGAUCGAGCCCGAUGGCCUGCCCGCUGAUUCGCAGCGGAAGCCCGAUGAGAGUGAGUCCGACAAGCUGCUCUUUCUUAUUAACAACAUGUCCCUUGCGAACGUGGACGAAAAGCUCGCAUCUGCUCGUGAAGUGGUGGUGCCUGAGAUCCUUCAUUGGCUAGCUCGGUACCUCGUCCUGGAGCGUGUGAGUCUUGAGCCGAACAACCAUGACCUGUACCUAGUAUUCCUUCGUGGCCUUGAGCAGCCACGCGUCUUCAAAUACACCCUGCAUGAAACGCUCGCGAAACUCAAGAAUUUGCUGGAGGCCGAAAAGACCAUGCAGUCCACGUCUGAGCGUACAAUCCUCAAGAACCUAGCAUCCUGGCUAGGCCUGACGACACUUGCUCAGCAGCGCCCCAUUCUGCAUCGCCAGAUUGCAUUCAAGGAUCUGCUUCUACAGGGCUACGAGGCUGGUCGUCUCAUUGUCGCAAUCCCUUUUGUAUGUAAGGUGCUGGAACACUGCGCAAACUCGCGCGUCUUCCAGCCACCAAAUCCUUGGCUCAUGGCUGUGCUUCGCCUCCUGGUCGAACUGUACCAGUAUGCGAAUUUGAAGCUGAAUCUCAAGUUUGAGAUUGAGGUCCUGUGUAAGAGUCUGCGUGUUGACCUGCAGAAACUCGAGCCCACGAGUCUCUUGCCUGGUCGCCGCCCUGAGCUCCCCAUGCAUGUAGCUCCCGCGCUGGCUCCUGGUAUGACAGCCGCGGCUGGUGUCGCUGCUCCAGGAUCUGCGGCAGCAGCAGCAGCAGCGGCUGCCGCUGCCGCUGCAUCAAAUGUACCGGGAUCGGCCGCAUUAGCAGCUGGAACGCCCACCAACGCAGCAGCGGCCGCCGCGGCUGCUGCUGCUGCUGCGGGGGGCGCUGCAGGACCCAGUGCCGAGUACGGCAACUUGGUCCCUGGUAUGGAGCAACUGAGUGUGAGUGAACCGGUGGCGUAUCAUGACAUGUUUGUGACGAUGCUUCAAAAUAUGGCACAGUACAUUGUCAUCAGCCCUCAAAUUGUACCAUACGCGAACAGCGCGGCAUGGAAGCGUGUGAUGUAUGUGGCGUUGGAACGGGCGAUCCAGGAGAUUAUCACACCCGUCGUAGAGAGGAGUGUGACAAUUGCGUCGAUUUCGACGCGUGAACUCGUCAGCAAGGACUUUGCUAUGGAGCCAGACGAGCAAAAGCUGCGCUCGGCCGCGCAUCACAUGGUGCAGAACAUGGCCGGCAGCCUUGCCCUAGUGACAUGCAAGGAGCCACUGCGGCUCAGCAUCCUCACGCAUGCACGCACGCUCUUUACUGCCGGCGGGGUGUCGGAGCAGGCUCUGCCCGAGCAAGCGCUGCUGAUGCUCGUGCAGGACAACUUGGAUCUGGCGUGCGUAGUGAUUGAAAAGACAGCGAUGGAGAAGGCACUUGCCAAGGUCGAUGAAGGCCUCGCUAGUGCAUAUUUGACGCGGCGCGACUUCAAGAUGCACGGUCGUGGUGCGCUCUUCUGGGACGGCACAGCCCUCUCGCACUACAGCACGACUCUGCCGGACAUGCUGCGGAUCGGCCCGCCCGGACUGCAGCCUGCACAGCUGCGUGUGUACGAGCAACUUGCGAUGGCGCCUACGGUGCCCCGUCCGGAAGAUGAGCUCGAGACAGACGACCUGCCUGGCAUCCUAACACCCGCCCAGGCUCUCGAGCGAUUCCUGCUCAUGGCUGCCGAGCUGGAGCGAUUAUUCGCGGAAGUGACCGAGUCACAGACCACGACGCUUGCAACGCUGCCAAGCACGCACUUUGUGCGCCAAGUCUUGCCGCAUCUGAUGGAGCUUGUACUGCAGUCGUCACAUCGCGACGAGACUGUGCUGCUUAUCGCGCAGAAAACCGUACAGCUCCUGUACAAGACAGGCACAGAUCUCGCCCGCGAAGUGUGGGUGGCUGUGCUUGAGCAGCUGUGUGAACAGUCGCCCAAAGUCGCGCGCGAAGUCACAGCUUGGCUCAUGUACGCGGAGGACGAGCGCAAAUUCCACGUGCCUGUGACGUUAGCGCUCGUUCGUGCCAACAUGGUCGGCCUCGUCGAGCAAGACCAGCAACUUGCCAAGCUCCUCGUUCGCUCACAGUGCCGCCCGUCCGUCGUCGACUACAGUGCGCAGCUUGUGCGCCAGUGCCUGCAAGAGGGCCUUGCGACUCGCGCGCAGUUCUCGACUCUGCUUAGUGCCCUUGCGCAGGCCGUGCAGUAUGGGCGCGGCACGCCUGCAGCCCAGGCGCUGCUGGACGAGCUGGAUGAUCUCGCGCGCUCCGAGUCCGCUAUGCCCCUGCGUGAGCAGCUCGCGUACAGCUUUGCAAGCUGGGUGCGUGUGUUCCAGCAAUCGUCGAACCCGGAGAAGGCGUUUAUCGAGUAUGUGACGCAGCUCCAGAGCCAAAAUGUGUUGAAGGGCGAGGAAGUGUCGUCGCUCUUCUUCCGCAUGUGCACCGAGGUGUGUGUAGGACACUACGCUAAGCAGCAUGCGGUUGGCGGAACUCGCGCAAGUGGCAUCUUCUCGCCGAUCGAUACCUUUGCGCAACUCAUUGUCUACCUGAUCAAGUACCAUGCGGAUCCCAGCGGCACCAACUACGAACAGGCGAAGGUCCACUACCUAUCCAAGAUCCUCUCUAUUAUUGUCCUUGUCCUGGCUCAGUCGCACGAGCAGAUGGGUGCCCACUUCCAACAAAGGCCGUACUUCCGCCUCUUUUCCAGCAUGCUCCAUGGCCUACACGCCGCAGAGAGCUCGUUGCAGGGCGCCUACCCAGGCGCGCUUCUUGCCAUCGCCAAUGCAUUGCACACCUUGCAGCCGGCAUUUUUCCCAGGCUUUGCAUUCUCGUGGAUCGCGCUCAUUUCGCACCGCCUGCUUCUGCCGCAGCUACUGAGCCGGACCUUGCCGCUGUCUGUUGCUGGCACCGCUGCAACUACGACAGCGUCGUCUUCCAACGCUGCAGCUACGGCCGCAGGUCCUGUUGCAUUCCACCGCCUCUUACUCGCUCACCUGCGCUUCCUCGCACCCUUCCUUCGCCAGGGCGCACUUCAUGACACGACGCGUCUGCUAUACACAUCGACGCUCCGCUUACUCCUUGUUCUCUUGCACGACUUCCCCGAAUACCUCGCUGAGCACCACCAGAGUCUCUGUGACGCCAUUCCGCCCGUCUGCAUCCAAAUGCGCAAUCUCGUUCUCUGUGCCUACCCGCGAACUGUCCGCAUGCCUGAUCCCUUCAGCACGAGCUUGCGCCUCGUGACUUGGCCCGACCCCAAGUUCAUGCCUGCUAUGCAGUAUGAUGCACGAGCUGUCCUGCUGCGCUCAGCCGCUGCGCCCAUGCUGUUGGAGCGCUUGGACGAGCUUGUGCGCGGCACGCCAUGGCCCGCAGGCACAGGCCAUCACGUCGCAGACUGCUUUUGUCUUGCCCAGCCGCACAGACACGCGCUACAACGAAGUGUUGAUCAAUGCGGCCGUGUUGUACACGGCACACACCGCAUUGCAGGGCACAAACCAUGUGCUGGCUAA